AAAGAUGGCCGGAGAAGCUGCUAGCAUGGAGGCUAAUGUUUUAUAUAUUUUUUGCAUUUGCUAGCUAACUUGUCAUCCAGGAAGACAUGGCUACUUGUUGUCACGGCCGCCUCGUUGCUCGCAACUUUAUAUGGCGAGGCUUGGACGAAGAUCCGGCACGGAGAGAAACGGCACUUAAUAACGCAUUUAGUCUGGUUUUGUGUCUCGGCAGUUGGGGCGGGUGCGUUAGCUGGAGAGCCACAAGUCGCUCUUCGCCACAACCACCGGGAAGUGAACGUCGCUCCCGAAUGGAUGCUAGCACUAACGGGGCUAAUUAUGUAGUUCCACUGGUCGUUUUGAACAAUUGCUGUCAACUUGUAGCUAUUUAAAUGUUAAACCACGCAACCAAUAAGUGUCAGUCCACACUGUGAAGUUGAGUGGGUCAGCACGAGCUGACAAAGCACCAGGUCGCCGUGAAGAUCCUGAACCGGCAGAAGAUCCGCACUUUGGACGUGGUGGGAAAGAUCCGACGGGAAAUCCAGAACCUCAAGCUAUUCAGGCACCCUCACAUAAUUAAACUGUAUCAGGUUAUCAGCACCCCGACAGACAUCUUCAUGGUGAUGGAGUACGUCUCUGGGGGAGAGCUCUUUGACUACAUCUGCAAAAACGGGAAGUUGGACGAAAAGGAGAGCCGUCGGCUGUUCCAGCAGAUUAUUUCAGCGGUGGAUUACUGCCACCGGCACAUGGUGGUGCACCGGGACCUCAAACCGGAAAAUGUUCUGCUUGACGCGCACAUGAAUGCUAAGAUAGCCGACUUUGGUUUAUCAAACAUGAUGUCUGACGGAGAGUUCCUACGGACCAGCUGUGGUUCUCCCAACUACGCGGCCCCUGAGGUCAUCUCAGGACGGUUAUAUGCUGGCCCAGAGGUGGACAUAUGGAGCAGCGGGGUCAUCCUCUACGCCUUGUUGUGUGGGACUCUUCCCUUCGACGACGACCAUGUGCCAACGCUUUUUAAGAAGAUCUGCGAUGGCAUCUUCUUCACUCCGCAGUAUCUGAACCCUGCCGUCAUCAGCCUGUUGAAACACAUGCUGCAGGUGGACCCCAUGAAGAGAGCCACCAUCAAAGAGAUCAGAGAGGACGACUGGUUCAAACAGGACCUUCCCAAGUACUUGUUCCCCGAGGACCCGUCCUACAGCAACAACAUGAUCGACGACGAGGCCUUGAAGGAGGUGUGUGAGAAGUUUGAGUGCACCGAGGAGGAGGUGCUGGCCUGCAUCUAUAGCCGCAACCACCAGGAUCCGCUGGCCGUGGCUUACCACCUCAUCAUCGACAAUCGCCGCAUCAUGAGCGAGGCCAAGGAUUUCUACCUGGCCUCCAGCCCCCCCGACUCUUUCCUGGACGACCAGCACCUGUCGUCGUCCGGCGCGGCCGUGGCCUCCGUGGUCAAGCCCCACCCGGAGCGCGUGCCCUUCCUGGUGGCCGAGACGCCGCCGCGGCCCCGCCACACGCUGGAUGAGCUCAAUCCUCAGAAGUCCAAGCACCAGGGCGUGCGGCGGGCCAAGUGGCACCUCGGGAUCCGCAGCCAGAGCCGACCAAAUGACAUCAUGACGGAGGUGUGUCGUGCCAUGAAGCAGCUGGACUAUGAGUGGAAGGUGGUGAAUCCCUAUUAUUUACGCGUGAGAAGGAAAAACCCUGUGACGAGCAUGCAAACCAAGAUGAGCCUUCAACUCUACCAGGUGGACAGCAGAACCUACCUCCUCGACUUCCGUAGCAUAGACGAUGACAUGUUGGAAACUAAAUCCGGAACGGCAACCCCUCUCCGCUCCGGCUCGGUGGGCAACUACCGCACCGCCAUAAAGAACGACGCCGAGGGUGCCGAGUCGAGCGCCGCACCAUCCGCGCCCCCCAAGGCCCCCGCGGAGGGCUCGUUAGCUUCGUCGCUGACCUCAUCCAUCGACUCUACGGGGGGUGCCGACGUCCCGUCUGUGCCUCGACCGGGGAGCCACACCAUCGAGUUUUUUGAGAUGUGCGCUAACCUGAUCAAGCUGCUCGCACGAUAGCUCGCAAAACAAUCGCUAUAGCCUUGUUUGCUCUCCCGAGUGUCUUUAUAGCAAUAAGCAUGCAAUUCACGACUCGGCCCAUCCCGGCUGAGGACGGUCCGACGACACUGAUGCAGGCUUCCUGAAAGGGGAAGGGAUGCGCGCUGAGCUGGCAGGGAAUGUGAGAGAUUAGCGGGGGACGACAAAAAGGUUGAGAGCUGACAGCAUUUAGGAGAGCGUUUUUGCAGCUUCCCGAUCAAUUUAACAGCCCACCUUUUAAAAAGUGAUUACACUGAAUUUCCUGUACUGUAGCGCGUGAGCACUGCUUCCAGUACUAUAGAGUGAGAUCAUUUUGUUUAGUUUUUUUUCUCAUUCCCUGAAGAAAGCGAGAAGGAAGCCACAGCAGGCAUAAGGCUUUCAAGUGGCGGUCGUAUAUGACACAGGAAGAAGCACUUUUGCACAACUUUCUUUAAUUCCUGCUGCUCUCGGUGGGGAUCAGGAUAGAGGCGUGGAUGCUUUGUGGCGCCGUCAUGGCUGCCGCAUUCAUUACCGGACUGUAAGGAAGUGCAAUGAACCCCCCCCACCACCACCCCGGCCCUAUCCUCCCUAAUGUUUGUGUCUUUAGUCAGGGACGGCCUCAUCAUCACCCCACUUCUCACGGUUCUGUCAGUGUCGCUGAUUUGUCCCCGACAUUUUAUAUAUAUUUAUAUAUAUAUAUAAAGAGGUCAACAUAUUCAUCAGUAAGUGGACAUACGUUGGUUCUAUUGCUGAAGAGUACCUGUUCUGCUUUUUAAAUCAUCACUUACGUUUGUCAAUCAUACUUGAGUGUCCUUCUAGAUGAAUACGCAGAUUUUACCAUUUAGAAGGUAUUUGCUAGCUGACAGUCAAUAUCCUGAGAUAUAUCAUCUUUUUUUUUUCUAGUGUCACAUAUUAAAAUGACACUUUGCUUUUUUCUUACAUGUUAUAUCGGCUUAUUCUUAUUUUAUUACUAUUGUGACAAAUAAUUCAGCAGUAAUUUGUGUCGUGACUAAGAAGAAUCGCCUUUUGCCUACGUUCAGUUCACAAAUGCCAACCCACAACGCGUGUCCCCUCCACAUGGGCGCUUAAAUGACGAAAGAAGCAGGAGAACACGACCGGAUUUCCCUCACAUUCCUGCAAAGUCUGACCUGCUUGGAAGAAGGCUUUAAACGCAAAACAAAGGGGUAGCUCCUUCUGCUGAAAGCAAAGUUACACCAGACAAGCUUAUGAAUGUCACCCGUUUAUCUUUGAGCUCCCUUGGUGUUCUUAAAAAAAAAAAUCUCAUUUCAUGUCUAGUUUGUAUCUGUCGGAUUGCCUUAUCGUUAUCAGUACUGUCAUUUUGUUGUGCAAAUGUUUUGAAGUCAUGGCUGGGUUUGUGUGGAAGGCCCACCAUUAUUCCGAGUGUUAACUGAGAAAAAUGUAAAACUAACUUUGAGGCUCAUAUAGAAAUGACCGUUCAGCUGCAAAAGCUACAGCGAGUAUUUUGUUUUUGCCAAACCACUGCGGACCUUUGACUUUUAUCAGUGACUGGCGCUUGGAAAUAUGUACCAUCAAAUUUGGUUUGACUGUCAUACACACGCUUUUGGGGACAGCUUUAAAAGUUGGUUGUUCAAAGUGUUUUACAUUUCAGAUGUUUUGUUUCUGUCCAGUGGGUCAGGUCUGGACUGAACACUUUUUUUUUCUUUAAACAAGAGCUGAUAGAAUAUAAUGACAAUGGUCCUUAAGGAUAAAGAGAAAAACAUUUAAUUUUAAGGGUGCACUCUCCAGUGCUGAUGGCAAAACUGCUCAUGGCUUACAUGGUGGGUUUUGUGGGAAGGAUGAAUGUGUGAAAAUUUGACUUUUUUUUUUUGAGAAGCACAGACUGGCGUUGAAAUGGUCUAAACUGCUUUUAAUACAUUUUUGUUUUGUUUUUGGUGUGUAAAGGGACCCAAUGUGAUUGACCAGUGUAUAUCUGAAUGGACAGUGUUGGAAAUCAUUUGUAUACACAACUGCCUAAUAAACUGCUAAAUUGCACACAAA